AAAAAAAAAAAACAAACCAAACCAAACCAAAACAAACAAAACCCAAAUAAAUAUAAAAUGCUAAAUCCUGCCAUGUGACCUUCCCUACUUGCGCAUCCAUCUUCCUGCGCUUCCUUAGGGGAUGCUGCAGACGGCUUUGCAGGCGGUUUCCCCUUCGGAAGGGCUGUCCUCCGAGCACUGAGGGCUGUCCCCCGCAUCCCUCAGGCAUCCCCUUCGGGUAAUUUCCGAGAGCGGAUCGGCUUGGAGCGGGCACGGCCGCCGCUCCGCGCUGCCUCUUGCCCCGCCCGGCGCCGUGGGCCGAGCCGGGCCCAGCCGGGCCGAGCCGAGCCGGGCAUGGCGCCGCUGGUGCUGUACCACUGGACACAGUCCUUCUCCUCGCAAAAGGUGCGGCUGGCAAUAGCCGAGAAGGCGCUGAAAUGCGAGGAGCGCGAUGUGAACCUGCCCCUGAGCGAGCACAACGAGCCGUGGUUCAUGCGCUUGAGCUCCUCUGGAGAAGUACCCGUCCUGAUCCAUGGGGAAAACGUCAUUUGUGAGGCAACGCAGAUUAUUGAUUACCUUGAAGCAACGUUUGUAGAUGAGGAAGUACCAAGAUUAAUGCCAGAAGAGGGGAGCAUGUAUUAUCCAAGGGUGCAGCACUACAGGGAGCUUUUAGACUCCUUGCCUAUGGAUGCCUACACACAUGGCUGCAUCCUCCACCCCGAGUUAACAGUGGACUCCAUGAUUCCAGCCUAUGCUACCAGCAGAAUCCGUAGCCAAAUAAGUAACACAGAAUCAGAACUGAAGAAACUUGCAGAAGAAAAUCCAGACCUUCAAGAUGCCUAUAUAGCAAAACAGAAGCGCCUUAAGUCUAAACUGCUGGAUCAUGAUAAUAUAAAAUAUCUAAAGAAAAUACUGGAUGAACUGGAGAAAGUUUUGGAUCAGGUUGAGACUGAAUUGCAGCGGCGAAAUGAGGAAACACCAGAAGAUGGAAAUCAGCCUUGGCUCUGUGGUGAUUUCUUCAGUCUGGCAGAUGUGUCACUUGCUGUCACAUUACAUCGCCUGAAGUUUCUGGGAUUAGCAAGAAGAAACUGGGGGAAUGGAAAGCGGCCCAACUUGGAAGCUUAUUAUGAGCGUGUCGUGAAGAGAAAAGCAUUUUACAAAGUUUUGGGACACGUCAACAAUAUAUUAAUCUCGGCUGUCCUGCCAACAGCAUUCCGUGUGGCCAAGAAAAGGGCUCCCAGGGUUCUGGGCACCACCCUGCUGGUCAGCAUGCUGGCAGGGGUGGGUUAUCUUGCUUUCCUCUGUCUUCGGAAGAGAUUUGCCAACAUGGUGCUAUCGAUUAGAACCAGGCAAAAUUAUUUUUAGACCUUCUCUGUCCCUGGUGGUGAGUGGAGGGCAUCUGUGCCCCCAGGAAAAUAUCUUCAAUAAAAUAUAAACAUAGAAGAACGAUUAUGUCUGUGAAUUAGAACAUUGCCACAGAGUAAUCAUCUCCUGCUGCUGUUUAAUUGGGUUGGCAAUGCUGAGAUAUUUUUCAAAAAUAUUUGUUGGGAGGAUGACAAAGGAAAGAAGAGACGUACUUUUCAGCCAAAGGCCUAUAACUGUGACAGUGCUAUGUUAAAGUGGUUAUUGUCUCCUUUACCCAGUAGCUGACCUAAUUAAAAUGCUUUUAUUUAAUAGAUAUGCAGCAAUGUGACAGCUUUUCACUGUAGAUGAAAUGCAUUAUUGUGAAGAAACCAGCAUUGUUAAAAUACUGAAAAUAGCUCUUACUUUAAAUGCUCAGAGUAAGAUUUCAUUGGAACAUUGUGCCUGUUGUGUACAGGACCAAGUUUCUUUGUACUGAUUAUUGUCUGCUAAUUUGCAGUUGGACCUUUAGGAAUGUGUUAAAAAUAAUCUUGUAAGCCACUUUUGUCAGUGUAUGUUUAUGCAGCAGUUCAGGAAAAGACCUGAAACAGGUGAGAAUAUCAGUGAUUUGUGUACCACACAAGAGAAAUGCUCCAGAGGCAUCCCUGGACAACAGAUACUACAAUUUUGCUGAAAUAUAAAUGGAAGCAAAACACCUGACACUUGUCUUUUGAAAGCCUUUUGGGCUCAGCCUCAAACUCUGGCAGAAUCAAAUCAAACUGUCUUGGUGCACAUUUGCUACUGUCUUUGGGUGGCUUGAUACAGUUGCCUCCAUAUGAGUGUCCUGUGUACUGUGUUUCGCUCUGAGCACGGGCUAUUUUUUGCACACUUUUUGGCAGCAUUAGCAAUUGCACACGUCUGUAUAAAAUGCUUGCCCACAACGUGCCACAGCCAACUAGAAAACAUACGCAGAGCAAUGCCUUUUUGUAUAAGUAAUUAAAAAUAGUUCACUAUCUAUCAGUCUGGUUAGGUAGCCUAGGUUGAAGGUAAAGCUGUAAUUUAGCAAUCUGUUUAAUUAUGGAUGGGGUCAUGUUGAUGCUAAGUGAAAAAUACAGAAAGUUUGGAGAUGAUUUGUACUGCUAAAUUUUUUCAAAACUGCUCUCUUGUACCAUGGGGGAAAGGUGUAGAAAAACAAUUUGAUUACUUCCUAUUACUCAAUAGAUGCGCUGAGUUUUAUUAGUUUUGAACUGAGCUUCCAUUUCAACAAGAAAUGUACAUUUAUCUGAAGGUAGACUUUGAAUCAUUUUGCAUCAAAAAAGCAUUUGGGAAGGGCUGAAAAUUCUCAUGACAGUUUAGUAAGACUUUUGUAUGCUUGAUGAAUGCUUGAAAGCCUGAGUUUUGUUUACAAGUUGUACAUAGAUGCAACAAACAAAGCAUAGCUUUAAGUGUUUGCCUAUCAACAAUCAGUGCUAACAGGCCUAAGUACAUUUUAGGUCCAGCGCUGGUGGGUGUGUCUCUCUGCACAAUUGCAUUUAGGUGUCAAGAAGAUCAUCUCAAGUUUGCUGGAGAGAACUGAGGCAGUUUCUGUCUGGGCAGGCUCACCAUCUAACACAUAUCAAUACAGAUAAAAUUAUUGGAUACUCCUGCUUAUUAUUUAAUAUUGCGCUGGUCGUCUAGCAAAAGUAGACCCAGAUCUCAUUACUCCUUUUCAGUAAUAAGAAACAUCUUACCUAGGAAACAAUGCACUUUUUUUAUUUGUAAAAAAAGACAGUUUUAUAUAAUUCUAUUUCAUGAUCCAGUAGUUCUCAAGAACUUGUUGAAUUAAAUGUGCUCUAUUUGGAAAAGAUUUAUCAUCUCUAGAGUGGGUUUAAUCCAACAAUACUAUUAAUGUACUGGCAGCUUUAGCUGAGUUUGUUGUUUGUGUGUUGCAGUUCAUCUGCAUUUACUUGUAGCUAUCAAACUCCACUAUGUUAAUAAACACAGAGUAAGA